CGCUGUUCUUUCUAACCGGCUGCAAAGUGCAGAGACCUCUCGGACAUUUAUAAAAAGACUGGCGAAUAAUCGCCAUUAAAUUUUCGCAAGUUUGUGCAAUAGCUUUAAAAAUGAUUCAAGGCGAGGAUACAUCAAACAGAUGCGUGUCCAGGAAGUUCCCGCAAAAUAGUUUGAUUCGUUUGGCGCAGUGACGUAAUAUAACGGAAAUGAAUUUCCGAAAACACGAACUUGCGGUUAUUGGCACGACCGCCAAGUGCUGCUCGGCUUGUUUCGUCAGCGCUGCAUAAUUUUGGCCUACUGUCAUUUUCGAGACUGGCCUCGCUCGAUCUGUGGAGAUAAAGCCAGGGUAAGGUCAGGGAUUCUUCCUCGUUACUUUCCCGCGUUCGUGACCAGCCACUUGCAUCGCUUUUGGAAAUUAUUCAUACCGGAAAGAAUGAAAACAGUGCCAAAAAUUUGUUUAACCAACAAUCGGCAAAACUCUAAACAAAUCGAGCAGAAAGUGCGUACGUAGGAAGCGACGAUCGAUGAAUCAAAGUAAAGCAAUUGGAGUGGGAUAAUCGGGCAGAAGCUUCCCCGAGUACGUCGACUUUAUCCUUGAGAUUUUUCACCUCGUUGACUUUGACUCUCGCACGAGUUGUAGUGUUUUGUCAGACGCGGAUUUUUCUUUUUUUUUUUCUUGCCGGUUCUCCUCGAAAGAUUCAAUUUCAUGGUCUUUGGCAAAUGGCCACCAGCGAGUUUCGACGAUGUAAUUCAUGGUUUCGAGUUCACUACCGAUCGAGUGCGGCCUCGUAAGGGGUAAAAGUACUCUUGUAUCGACGCGAUAGCGCACCGAGACGACGGGGGUCAAAAUCCGUGAAGGGGUGGUCAUGAUCUGAUGCAAGGGGUGAUGCAAGCAGGGUGAGGGAGGCUGGAGGAGGGCGGUAUACCUUCUGCCUCGUAAUGUUGGGGAGCCAUGUUGCAAACAUUUCCUAACGAACAAACCCCUGCAAACAUCUCGAGAGGACAUUGAAAUAUUGUAUGUGAACUGUCUGUACUUUGUCGACUCUCUUGUUAACAGAACGCGAUUGAAACAAAGCGACAGGUGUUACUUUUAAACCCAACGACAGAAUAAACAAAAAUCGUGACGCGCUACUCGACUCUCGAGAUUGUAAGCGUUCAAGAGCGAACCGUGAAAGAUUUAUAGCUUUACUUUGCAAAUAAUUUAAACGCCGUGAUACAGCGUGGAAAUUCAAAAUUUGGCAAAACUAGACGAGGGGAAAAAAAAAGGAUGUUUAGAGGGGCCAGAGAGUUCGAUCGGCGAUGGGAGGUCACAGUUUAUUUAAGAACGCGCAUACGUCUCUUAUUAGUUCGAUCGGCAACCCCUCGCAGUGUACGCGCGAGUCGGUAGGAGGAGAUACGUAAUAAAACGAGGGGUUCGUAGUGGGCUGGCGACGAGCUUAGCCGAGGGUGCGCGAUCGCUACCGAAUCAAGCCGACGUUGACCGAACGAGCUCGCCGAGCUGUGCAAGCCGCUUGAACGCGACUGGCGUGUCCAGUCUCUAGGCAGCCUCCGCCCGUGUUGUAUCGUUAUUUCCGUUUCCUUAGUAUAGUGUUUAACGCUUUAAUUUCUAGUCUCGCGUAACCCUCUACACAUUCACAUAUACACGCAUAUACAUACACACGUAUAUCGUAUUCUAUUUUUUUUACACACAUACAUACACACAUACGCGCACGCGCACAUAUACACGUACGUUUACAUCAUACCCACCGUAUACCUCCGACCCCUCGUUUUCUUUAUCACGAUCGACGAAUACGAAAUUUGGUGAUCCCGUUUUACGACGAUAUCGAACGCGACUAAUUUUCGGCAGAGCCGCUCGUACACGUACACGUACACUCACACGUAUGUGCUCGUCAAAGUGAAACCGAGGGACCGUCGACCAGGAGGCGAGCAUAAAUGCCGAUUUACGAGCGCUCGCGUCGUACUUUUCUUUCAUUGAUUUCCCCUUCUGUUCCGGGCGGCGGUGCGAGAGCGUGAUAGUAGGUGCACAUAAAGAGAGAGAGAGAGUUAGAGAGAAGACCAGGGACCGGCGCGAUACAUCGAUCAGCACCACGAGAGUAGUCGCGUAGCACGGGCCAGUUGCACGUUGCUCGGUUUCGCGUGCGACCGAAAAGAGCUUUCGGAAGAGAAAAGGGAAUAAACGUCGAGAGACGGAGAGGAAAAAUAGUACGGAGAGUGUCGCGUCUCGAAAAAAUAAAGAAAAGUGUUUUCUGUGUUUCUGUGUGGAUGUGUGUCGUGUGCUUACGCGUGCGUCGAUCGUAAAGAUAGAAAGGUGUGGAUUCUGAAAAGACCGUGGAAACAGAUUUCGUACGUAGUUAGAGAGAACUCGGUAGAAGACUGCAAUGAUGGCGAACGGAAUGGACACAGUCGUGCAACAAAAUGGUGGAUCCACCCUCGGACAGGCCUCGCAGGAAGAGUCCAAGACGAAUCUCAUUGUAAAUUAUUUGCCACAGAGCAUGACACAGGAUGAGAUUCGAUCCCUCUUUGCGAGCAUAGGCGAGGUGGAGAGCUGCAAGUUGAUUCGCGAUAAACUCACCGGUCAGAGUUUAGGUUACGGUUUUGUUAACUAUCACCGGCCUGAGGAUGCUGAGAAGGCGAUAAACACGCUCAACGGUCUUCGUCUGCAAAACAAAACGAUCAAGGUAUCGUACGCGAGACCGAGCAGCGAGGCGAUCAAAGGGGCAAACCUGUACGUGAGCGGUUUGCCGAAGAACAUGACGCAACAAGACCUGGAGAAUCUGUUCAACCCAUAUGGCAGAAUCAUCACAUCGCGGAUACUUUGCGACAACAUCACCGUACGACAGUUUGUGACCGGCGGCGGAGACUAUUUGCCCGGAUUGUCGAAAGGGGUCGGUUUCAUAAGGUUCGACCAGCGGGUCGAGGCCGAGAGGGCGAUUCAAGAGUUAAACGGUACCGUUCCGAAGGGCUCAUCCGAGCCGAUCACCGUCAAGUUCGCCAACAAUCCGAGUAACAACAACAAGGCGAUACCGCCGUUGGCCUAUCUGGCACCGCAGGCGACCCGACGAUAUGGCGGCCCGAUCCACCAUCCAACCGGCCGCUUCAGGUACAUUCCACUGUCGCCACUAUCCAGCACUGGCAAGGCCAUGCUUGCCAUUAACAAAGGCUUACAGAGUAGGUACAGCCCGCUGGCAGGCGAUCUCUUGGCGAACUCAAUGCUACCGGGGAACGCGAUGAACGGUUCCGGCUGGUGUAUCUUCGUGUACAACCUCGCUCCAGAGACCGAGGAGAACGUGCUGUGGCAGUUAUUCGGUCCGUUCGGCGCCGUCCAAUCGGUCAAAGUGAUCCGCGACCUGCAGACGAACAAGUGCAAAGGCUUCGGUUUCGUGACGAUGACCAACUAUGACGAGGCGGUGGUCGCCAUCCAGAGCUUGAACGGUUACACGCUCGGUAACCGGGUUCUUCAAGUGAGCUUCAAGACGAACAAGAGCAAGGCGACGUAGAACGACAAGCAACAGCACCAGCAACACCACGAUCACCAUCAUCAGGCAGCAGCAGCGGCAGCAGCAGCAGCAGCAGGAACAGCAGUGGCAGCAACGCCAGCUGUGGCGGCAGCCGCGGCCGUGAUCGGUCAAGCGACCGCAACCAAAACCGUGCUCGGUUCAACGACCGCAGCAGCCGCGGUGGUCGCCGCGACAGCGACCGCUGCUGCUGCGGCCGCGGCUGCGGCUGCGGCUGUGGUCACGCCCGCGACCGUCCAAGCGCUCGCGACUGCCUGUGCUUCCACUAAGAAGGUCGACCACCACCAUCUCCCUGUCGAUUCCGUGAUCAACACCCUGAACAGUCGUGAUCGCGGAGCAGACCAUCAUAACAAUCAGAACUACCAUAACCAGCAUCAACACCAGCAGCAGCAGAAUCACCCGUUCAAAGAUUACCUGGCCGAUGUGUCCAAAUACGAAAAGAUGACUAGGGCUCUGACCUCCUCGAAGAAAUAUCGGUGGGGCAGAUACGACUACGAGAACCACGACAACGAGUACAAUUCCGACUAAUAUUCGGAGGAUGCUGAGUUCCCUGGAGAAUAUUCGACCGAGGGAUGAUGGAAGGAAAAAAGACAGGAGCAGAGUGAGAGAACAGGAAGAAAGGGGAGAAUGCUAAGAGAUACUCGUGCGUGUGUGUGCGUGUAUACGUGUGUCUGUACGAGCAAGGGUGCGAUGCAUAUGCAGUAGGUGCGCGUGGCUGAGAGGGAGAGGGACGUAGAAAGACGAGGAUGAACAGACAGCGAAGACGAAGAGAGGUAGGUCGUGGUACGCGAUCGCUCGCCCGAUAUUCCUAAUUAUACAUCGUGUGCAGGAACGAAGAGGAGGGUAAAGAGGAAGCUUCGCUUUUUCUUUAUUUCCUUCGCCUUAGCUUCACCCUCUCCCUCUCUGGUUACUCGUUUCUUUUCUCCCGCUGUUCGUCCACGACAGAAGGUUAACGCGAGGUCCUGUCGGCUUCCGCAGCUCGCGGGAUUCGCGACUGUGUCGCUUCGUUCCCGCGGCUUGGACGGAAUAAAUGAUAAGAUGAAAUCGGACGAAAGGAAAGGAACGUCCGUAGCGACCAAACGUGGCUCGUGCUACUGCUUGCGAAUAUUGUACAUACAUAUUGCCGAUUUAUGUAUAUGUACGCGGAUACACGGGCCACGUAAUACUAAAUAUAAUAAUACUAACGUUACCGUAUCGAUCGACAAACAACUUGUCAUGAAAAUUGAGUUGGCGAGAGAAAUAAAGGGAGGACGAUAGUCCUCUCUACUAGACCAAAGAGUCACGACGACGUCAGGCUGUGAGACUCGAGCAAAAUUUAUAAAAGGCAGGGCCUGAUUGAUUUUUUUUCUUUUUUUUUUUCUAAAAUCAUUGACAACUCACGACGUAAGAGAAGCGGACAAGAAAACGCGACAGUGCCUCGUGUUUUCCCGAUUAGAUCGGCUACGUGUGAACUCGAUGGAAAGGAUCGUUGGACAUACAUAUGGAGGAUGGAAAAGAGUGCGUAGUAGUAGGUGACUGUAGGGGAAUGGUGUAGAAAGGAGAGGCGAGUGAGUAGAGAGAGAAUAGAAGGACGUGGCGAGACAAUACGGACGGAUCGCGAUCGAGGACGGGACGGGGACGAUCGAUAGAUCGAUCGAAGUACGAAAGGAGGCAAGUCGCUCUCUGGUAGAGGAUAUAAGAGAAACGGGAAUACCAAUAGUCAAAACCAUGACACCGAUGCAUGUGAGAAGCCUCGCGUUCGAUUUUUAGGAUGCGAGGAGGUGCCGAAGAGAGCGGGAGAACUAGUUGUUAAAUACAGACGAUCGAUUUCCCCUUUUUCUUUUUCCUGUUUAGCCAGUGAGACUAAACGUACUUAAAGAAUCUAAACUUUCUUAAUCCGUAGUUAAAUUAAGGACGAGUCAUCAUUCGACGAGUACCGAAAGACGAAGUAUAAUAAUUAUUACCUAUUUAAGAAGAUAUUUUAGGGCUUAUGUGCUAUACAUUACAAUGCGGUGUCGCGAGAAUUCGAGAGAUCGAAACGUCAUAAAAGUGACCCGAGGGAUUACGUCACGUUUCCUGAUAACGUAGCAACGUGUUGUAUCUUUUCUUUUUGCUAGUCACGAGCUCUUGUACUUCUCUGCCGGUUGUCCAAAGAACAUUCAAUUUUUCAUUUUCUUUUCGUUUUUUUCUUUUUCAUUUUUUUUUCUUUUAUUUUUCUUAUGUAUAGGUAAUAUGUACGUAUAAGAGAGAUCUUAGUUAGUACAAAGUGCUUUCUUGAGUGCAGAGUCUGAUUUUAUCGAGCACUGCGUAUUAGUGUCCCUCGAAUGUGCACCGUCCACAAACUUGGACGUUUUAGAAGAACUUUGUCAGCCAACUUUUUAACAAAAACACACACCCACUUUACACACGUACACGUAUACAUACAAAGACAUUGCUUGCAGCGGGGAGAAAACGAACAAAGAAGGGAUUCUUCCUCCCCGUCGCAACGAAGAUGUUCCGAUUUUUAUAAACACGAACGUUCGAUUUCCCUUUUUUAACGAAAAUAUUGAAAGAAAAAAAAAGUCCAACGUACAAAAUAAUAUUUCAUAGAGACGGUUUACUUAUACAUACGGUACGCAGAUUGGACGCGUCGUGUCUUUUCUUGCAACGAAGAAAGAACGAAAGAUUAAACGAAAGAAACAUUUCGCGACGGUGCACGGAUAUGUGAUACAGACAUGAAGUUGAAGUACGAUCGACGAAUGAUUUCCGGAUCAUCGGGAAACACGUGUCUAGUCUACGUGCAAAGAGGCGUCAGUGAAUAGAAAACGGCGCCGCGUGUUAAGAACCUCUCUCCACAUAGAGAACGAGAAAACUCUUUUCUUUAGACUAGUAAGCAAAUCAGACAGGCGGUUUCAAAGAAGGCGCGUUUUAGGUGGUACGAUGUAUAAGGUAAGCGAACCGUUUCGCCCGCGCUAGCCCAUAGAUGUAAUAAUUCCCUUGAAUGGGAUUAGACGUACUAUCGAAAACCAGAAACCAAAUCUUUUUCUUAGAUAGCGAAGAAAGACUAAUUGUAUAGAAGAAUAUCGAAUUACGUUUUCUUAAAUACAUAUUAUCUUGUAGCAGUGAUCGGGACUAGCGCGAACGAACAUGGAUCGUAAGUACUUAAUCGUGAGUAAAUUUCGAAAAUUUCUUAAGCUCCUAGGUUUAGUAUAACGCGACAGAAAAAAGCGUAGCAUAUAUAUAUAUAUAUAUAUACACACACACAUAUAUAUACACAUAUAUAUAUGUUGUCCUAUUUAUGUGUACCUUUUUGUGUCUAGUCCGGGAGCGAGGAACAGGCUGUUCGUUUGAAAGAAAAUACGCUCCCUAGGAGCACGACGAUAUACACUUGUCCUCCCUCCCAAAAAAAAAAAAAAAAAAAAAAAACGUAAUUUGAACCUCAAGCAACAGAUGCUUUCUGCUAAGAUUUUAUUUUAUUUAUUUGGAACACUCGUGAAUAUCGAUCGGUCGCGCGCGACGCGUACACCCUUCGGUUCUUUCGAUCGGGUGUUGUUGGACGACGCGAUCGACGCGUCCACGGGGCAAACAAGAUCUCGAUAUUAGUGCAAAUUAUACACUGGUCGGCCGACAAAAAGCAAACUGGCGUCAUCGCGUGCAGUGGCGUGUGUUACAGACGUCAGAGAUAAAGGAGAAACGAUUCGCCCCUCGUUGCUUCGAUGCUUCUUGCGCCGAUCAUGAUCCUUGAUUGAUUUGCUGUGAAGGUAUGAAAAAAUGAUAGUAACACGACUUUAAUCGAAGCAGGAUAGUUGCGUAACUGGAUACAAUGGUGCGUAUAGGAGAUAUCACAUAUACAAUUGUAGCUCGAAUGAUUUUUGGCGAAGCGUGAAGAUUUCGAAGGGGGAACGUCCGACAACCCUCUAAACGGGGGACGAAUCGCAUGUAAGAAAUCAGUUUCAAUGUUUUCUAAUAUUAAAACUAUAAAUUUUCUCCUUUUCAUAAUUAUUAUUACGUAUAUUAAUUAUACUUAUUAUUCUGGUUAUUAUUAUUAUUAUUAUUAUUAUUAUUAUUAUUAUUAUUAUUAUU